GGUGGCCCUGUUUCAAUGCAAUACGGGUGGUUUUUAGCUUCUACUUUCACCAUGUUUGUUGCACUGUCAAUGGCUGAAAUUUGUUCAGCAUAUCCAACUUCUGGUGGUCUUUACUAUUGGAGUGCCAAGCUUGCUGGCCCUGGAUGGGCACCCUUUGCCUCUUGGAUCACUGGCUGGUUCAAUAUUAUUGGCCAGUGGGCAGGGACAACAAGUGUAGAUUUUUCACUUGCACAACUAAUUCAGGUUAUCAUUCUCCUUAGUACUGGUGGGAAAAAUGGUGGUGGAUAUAUGGCAUCUAAAUAUGUAGUUAUUGCUUUUCAUGGGAGGAUCUUGCUCCUGCACGGUAUAAUAAACACCCUUCCUGUCUCUCUGAUAGCAUUCUUGGGACGGUUAGGUGCCAUCUGGAAUGUUGUAGGAGUUUUCGUCCUUAUGAUUCUCAUUCCAUCUGUUGCAACCGAAAGGGCUAGUAUAGAGUUUGUUUUCACUCAUUUCAAUGCUAAAAAUGAGGAUGGAAUCAAUAGCAGACCCUACAUAUUUCUCUUGGGACUUCUAAUGAGUCAGUAUACCCUUGCUGGGUAUGAUGCAUCAGCUCAUAUGACAGAGGAAACAAAAAGUGCUGAUAGAAAUGGACCAAAAGGAAUUAUCAGCGCUGUUGGGAUAUCCAUUAUUGUUGGAUGGGGUUACAUACUAGGCAUUACCUUUGCAGUUACUGACAUCCCUUACCUUUUGAGUGAAAAUAAUGAUGCUGGUGGGUAUGCCAUUGCUGAAAUAUUUUAUCUUGCAUUCAAGAAAAGAUAUGGCAAUGGAAUUGGGGGUAUUAUUUGCUUGGUAAUUGUUGCUGUUGCCGUGUUUUUUUGUGGUAUGACUUCAGUCACAAGCAAUUCAAGGAUGGCUUAUGCUUUCUCAAGAGAUGGGGCAUUGCCACUAUCGCCAUUGUGGCGUGAAGUUAACGUGCAUGAGGUUCCCACAUAUGCAGUUUGGCUUUCCGUUUUUAUAUCAUUUUGCAUGGCACUAACGUCUCUAGGAAGUACUGUGGCAUUUGAAGCUAUGGUGUCCAUAUCGGUGAUUGACCUCUAUGUUGCUUAUGCCUUACCAAUCUUCUUUAGAGUGACCUUAGCACAGAAGCAUUUCGUUCCUGGGCCUUUCAACUUGGGCCGUUACGGAUUCACUAUGGGCUGGGCUGCAGUUCUUUGGGUGAUUAUUAUCUCUGUACUUUUCUCAUUGCCUGUGUCCUACCCAAUAACCAUUGAGACUCUUAACUACACCCCUGUUGCUGUUGGGUGUUCGCUUAUUUUUGUAGUUUCUUACUGGAUAUUCAGUGCUCGGCAUUGGUUUAAAGGCCCUAUAACCAAUGUGAAAAACUGA